GUAUGUGAGAGUUUGAAUUGCACCAUACAUUGUUGAAGAGGUGGAAAAUUACUUCAAAUCAUAAUGUUUUCUUACAUAUAUUCUGUUACUUUAGAUUUGAACUAUAUUUGCAUUCAUUUCUUAAGCAUAUUGUUUUCAAGUUGAGUGAAAGAGAGAUAGCCAGAGUGGAGGCAAAGAGCGCAGCCUCCCCUCAGUGAAAGGACAGUUGUGGCGGAGACGGGCAGCUGCUUUUGUCUCCGCUCUCAGUGACAGUUAAUGAGAUUACAUGUCGGCUUUAUCCUGCGUCGGUGCAAAGGGGUCAAUCACAGGAUUAGUAUCUUGCUAAAGUUACAUCAUUUUAUUAGCCUCUCUCUUGGCUCUCAUCACAUUUCUAAUAUUUUGUCACCCUCCAAAGCAUACUUAGAGGUCUAUGGAUGGCGUGAAUCGGGUAUUGGGCUGGGAUAUGGUCAUGCAUAGCUCUGCUGCCUUGGACCUGAAGCCUGUUUGGACCUGAGUGAAGCAUCUUUUGAGGAAAGAGAAGCAGCCUACACAGUGAAGGGCGGCCAGCCAGGACAGAAUCUUGUGCCCGAUUUUUGGCAAGUCAUCCUCAUGCCACUUGUAAAUAACAAAGUAGAAGAUAACUGCACACUUGGAACAAACAAGGCUUUGACCGAUGGCAAAGCGCUGGUGGAUUCUUUGAUUAAGGUAGUGGCAUGCUAUCGACAUCUAGCUUCAUGUGUCGGCGGCUGCACUGACAGCUUGCAGCUGAGAGAUGAGUUGAGGCAAACAAGAGAGAGGGCCCGGAAGUUGGCCACGGCCAUCUGUCAACAUCUCACCUCGCAUCUUCGGGACAAAAGCCUCCCCGUGGAGCAGCGCAAGGAGAUGGAGCUCCUCUGGGUGGCCUUCUCUUCCAGCCUGGAACUCCUCCACAUUGACAUGUGCAAAGUUUACAACAUGGGAGACAUCUUUACUCUUGCGGAGUCGCCUAGUUUGGUGCAAACUGGCCUGCAAGGAGGAAGCAGUGAAGUGGCUGUUCGAGCCCUCAGCCUAACAGACCUUAACCGGGCUCUGAACACCAACCUCCUCGAUGGCCUUGAGAUCCAGGAGCACAAGACCAUGGAGCAGGAGAUCAGACAAAUUGACCGCAUGAUCGAUGACAUGGAAACGAAGGUGAACGUGUUGCGCUGGAUGGUGGAGCCUCACGGGCCGCGGAACGGCGACCCACUCGGCAGCACUGACAGCGCCUCCCUGGCCCUGCUCUCUGUGGACGAGGAGCAGCUCGCUGGACAGCGGCCUGCAGGCCAGCGCAGUCACAUUGUGGCGCUUUUAUUGCUGUGUGCGGUCAUUUUGGUGGCAACCACUUUAUCUGUCUGUAUCUUCUUCUUCUCAUGAGCAAAACCUUAAUACAUUUCACAAUUUUGUCAAUACCUGUGAACCUCAAUCACAGAGGUGGGUAGAGUAAAUAAGUACUAACUCAAAUAAGAGUGUUACUUUAGAAUAUGACUCAAGUAAAAGUAAAUAGUAGUCCUCCAAAUAAUUACUUAGUGAAAAAAAAUACUCACGUACUGAGUAACUUGUAACUUCUGAUUUAUGUUUUUUAAAUAGCGCAUGAAUGUCAAAUAGACAAAAUUAUCAAAUGGGAUUAUGCCCAGCAAAAUCACUUAAAAAAAAAAAAAAAAAAACAUUUCAGUACAAGAACAAACUAAGGCAGAUUCAGCCACAAUAAAUGGUUUUACAUUCUUUCUUUACACAAAACAGCACAAUAGACUCACUAGGCAGAGAUUAUUAAUUAUAACUCUAAAUAGUUUGAUUAUAUUGAACUUGGGUUGAUUUACCCUCAUGAAUCAGCAAUGCUGACAUAUGUUUAUAAUUAAAAAAAACAAAAACAAUGGGAGUUCUGACGACUUACAAUCCAUCUUUAUCUUCAAUUCUGUGCGUAUACUGUAUAGCGAAAACCUCCUUCUCCCUUUUCCUUUUUAAUCCGCACAACACUUUCUACAGUGAGCAUUACAAACGCAGAGCGAGACAGCCUCUUGUAUGUUUCUCUAGCGCCAAGUGGAAUUCUUGUAGGUUGAAAUGCAGACACAGAUGGCAGCGCAUGAUGUCGCUGAUCUAGACCGAGCUAGAUAGCAAGAAGAUAACUCUAUUGUUAGGUUUGUGGCACAAUUGCAAGACACUUCAUUACAUGACAUCAGCGAUACACUAUAACAUAAUCAAAUAGCCCACACAUCAGACACUGACAGAAAUAAUGUAACAUACCUCACACACUACAAUGCACUAUGCACCCUUGAGGAUGAUCAGGCUGGACAUCUAGCUUAUUUCACUUGAUUUAAGGCUUUUAUGAAAUAAUUUGGAUCAAGGUUUGUUCAGGAGGGAUGGGCAAAAGCAACGCCUAGAUAGCAGUAGUUUCAAAUAAGAUGCCCGAGGACGUGUAUAGCCAUAUACAAUGUCAUUUGGCUUUCUCACCGCUCCGUCAUUAUAAA